AUGGAUGAUGCGUACAGGGACAGGACUACCCUGAUGAGGGGUGCCAAAGACAUUGCCAAAGAAGUUAAGAAACAAACAAUAAAGAAAGCCAACGUAGGAGCUGACUACGCACAGGAUGAUUACAGCAAGACUGCUUAUGCCAAUUUUCAAGACGAUGACGCCUACAACUAUAGCCGAGGGACCUAUGGCGAAGAACCACAAGAGGAUGAGGGUUCAAGCGAUGCCACUGAAGGCCAUGAUGAGGAGGAUGAGAUAUAUGAAGGGGAGUAUCAGGGGAUCCCAGAUACAGGCCAAAGGAAAGAGAACCAGGUAGCCAUCGGACAACUUGUCUCGGAUGAGUACAAAGACCGUGAAGAGUUGGAUGCUGAGAGGAGAGCUGAUGAAGAGGAGCUGGCACAACAAUAUGAGCUGAUCAUUCAGGAGUGCGGACAUGGCAGGUUCCAGUGGGCACUGUUCCUUGUGCUGGGAUUGUCUCUCAUGGCUGACGGAGUGGAGGUGUUUGUGGUGGGGUUCGUCCUGCCAAGUGCUGAGACGGAUAUGUGUGUGGAAAAUUCCAGUACAGGAUGGCUGGGCAGCAUAGUGUAUCUUGGGAUGAUGCUAGGCGCCUUUUUCUGGGGUGGUUUGGCAGACAAGAUGGGCCGUCGACAAGCACUAAUUAUCUGUAUGUCCGUGAAUGGAUUCUUCGCCUUUCUGUCAUCUUUUGUCCAGGGUUACGGCCUCUUCCUCUUCUGCCGGUUCUUUGCUGGAUUUGGGAUUGGAGGAGCAGUCCCAAUUGUGUUUUCCUAUUUUGCUGAGGUGCUGGCCCGGGAGAAGCGGGGUGAGCACUUGAGCUGGCUUUGCAUGUUCUGGAUGAUCGGAGGGAUCUACGCGUCCGCCAUGGCCUGGGCCAUCAUCCCUCACUAUGGUUGGAGUUUCAGUAUGGGUUCUGCAUACCAGUUCCACAGCUGGCGAGUGUUUGUCGUUGUCUGUGCUCUUCCCUGUGUCUCCUCAGUUGUGGCACUUACCUUCAUGCCUGAAAGUCCUCGAUAUCUGCUGGAGGUGGGAAAACAUGAUGAGGCCUGGAUGAUCCUGAAACAAAUUCACGACACGAAUAUGAGAGCACGGGGACAACCAGAGAAAGUUUUCACAGUUAAUAGAAUCAAGACUCCAAAAUUGAUUGAUGAGUUAAUAGAGAUCCAGACAGACACUGGCACUUUAAUUAAAUAUCCGUGGGGUUUUAUGAAAUUGUUUUUUUUAUUUUCACAGAUUUGGCUGACAUUUAUGAGAUGUUUUAACUAUCCUGUCAAGCGAAACACCAUUCUGCUUGUUGUAGUUUGGACAACCUUGUCAUUUGGUUACUAUGGCCUCUCUGUCUGGUUCCCUGAUGUCAUCAAACACCUUCAAGCUGAUGAGUAUGCAUCCCGGGUGAAAAGGUUUUAUGGAGAAAGAGUUGAAGAUUUUGUGUUCAACUUUACACUGGAAAACCAGAUCCACACAAAUGGAGAAUACAUCAGAGACAGGUUCACCAUCAUGAAGUUUAAAGCAGUAACAUUUGAAGAUUCCCUCUUUAAGAACUGUUAUUUUGAAGACGUGACAUCGUUAUCUACUUAUUUUAAGAACUGCACAUUUACAGAAACCCUUUUCUAUAAUACAGAUCUUGAAGAGUCUAAGUUCAUUGACUGUCAGUUUAUCAAUACCACGUUUCUACACAACAAGAAAGGUUGUCAGAUUAACUUUGAUGAAGACUACAGUGCCUACUGGAUUUACUUUGUCAACUUCUUAGGAACACUAGCAGUGUUGCCGGGCAACAUUGUAUCUGCAUUGCUCAUGGAUAGGAUUGGACGCUUGACAAUGUUAGGUGGCUCCAUGGUCUUGUCUGGGAUCAGCUGCUUUUUCCUGUGGUUUGGGACCAGUGAAGCCAUGAUGAUUGGAAUGCUGUGCCUGUACAAUGGGCUGACCAUCUCAGCAUGGAACUCUCUCGAUGUGAUCACUGUAGAACUUCUGCCAACUGACCGGAGAGCCACAGGAUUUGGAUUCUUGAAUGCCCUGUGCAAAGCCGCAACUGUACUUGGAAAUUUAAUUUUUGGUUCCUUGGUUGGUAUAACCAAAUCAAUCCCGAUUCUGUUGGCAUCCACUGUGCUAGUCUGUGGAGGCCUUGUGGGACUCCGGCUCCCUGACACAAGGAACCAGGUGCUCAUGUGAUUAGGUAAAGCCAUCCACUGGAUUUUGUUUGGUGCCCAAAGGCAGUGGUCAAGUGAAAUGUUUGG